AUGGAAGACUCAUCAGACACCAUUUUUGAGGAGAGAGAAGAGCUGAUGGUUUCACCAGUAGGAAAAUGUGGGUUAAAAGCAAUCAUCUGCUCAACCCGUAGAAUCAUCAGACAUGAAGAACUAGUUCUUGGAGUAGCAGAGAAGUGGUGUCCUGAGACUAAUACCUUCAUCUUUCCAUGGGGUGAAGCAACAGUCACUUUAGAGGAUGUAUUGUUUAAUGGUGGCUUUCCUGUUUUAGUGCAGCCUGUUUCAAGCCUUUUUGUGGCAGAAGAUGAAAGAAAAAUAUACGAGAAUCCAAGUGCAGUGCGUGCAAAAGCACGAACAGACUGUGUUACUGCUGCUUCCUAUACCACAUGGUUGGAAUAUUUCAUGGGAAGGGGGAGUGAAUUUGAGCAUGAAGAAUUUCUGUCAGCAAGGUGUUCAUUGAAGGCAUAG